AUGCUCAAGCGCCCGCUUUGCGCCUUUGGGCCCGACGCUGUUUGGCGCAAGCCUGGCCAGGCCCCGACCUUGGGCCAGUGCUUCGCCCCAGCCCAGAAGUGGGCCGCAGAGGCUGGAGCCUGUGCAGAGACACCUGGCAUGAAGAAACAGAUCGCCCAAUAUCUGGGCACUGGCCAGGAGCCCGCGAGAAGCUGGGCCUCGCUGCGGCUGAAGGCGGCCUCGGAGCCGCGGCUGUUCCGGCUGGCCCUGGGCAUGGCGGCCGGCGGCCUGGCUAUCGCGCUGAGCCCGCCGGUUCUCCCAUCAAAUCUCAGGGCCGUUGUCGCUGUGGUCACCUCUGGAGUCCUCGUUGCAUACUCGUUCCGCGCCCUGCCGCGGACCCUGGCAAAGAGCAACUUCUACAUGUUUCUGAUCUCUGUCGCGUACCUGGACCUCUCUGGCCCGCUGCACUGGUCCUUCCGGCGUGCUUUCGUGCUCACGUCUGCCGUGCAGGCCGUGGCCUCUGGCUUUGACCUGCUCAUCAUCCAGCGCUGGAACAUCGCCAUAGGCCUCUCCGACGAGGCGGCGUACCUGUUCGGUGACGCGGCUUGCCAGAGCGUCGCGGUGCAGAUGGCCCUGAUGCCUGGCGCCGUGCUCACGUCGCGCCUCUGCCCGCGGGGAGCGGAGGCGACCGUGUACGCCAUCGCCGGGGGGCGGGAAUCCUUGGGCAUCGCGAGUCGCGAGGACUGGGUCCAGCCCCAGUGCCUGUCCGGGUCCCCGAGGGAUAGCAAGAACGAUAUCAAGAAAACCAACGAGAAGUUGGCGACUUUGCAGAAGAACAUUGACCACAUGAAUCGCGCGUACUUGUACUGUACGGAGUCUGAGUAUCUCAAGCAUAGUGAACACGUGAAUCUCAUAUUCUUUCCCAGCAAUUUUACCAUCGAGAAAAGGACCAACGACAAACUACGUGGAUACACUAAGUUUCACUUCGCCCGCAAGGGCCACGUGAAGGACGAGGGCGUCAGCUCGCCCGGCAACUCGCCCGCGGGCUCCCCGUGCAAGACGUGGGCGCCGGACGCCGACGACGGCCCGUGCGUGGAGUACUCCAUGUCGGACAGCGGCCGCAACCUCUGA